GUAUAUGCUAAAUUGUAUAGUUUGAUUAAUAUGGAGUGUGGUGGAAAGAAAAUGGUUCUCAAGUCUAUACGAACAUCAAAGAAAUUAGAUGGUGAUGACGAAGAAGAAGCAAUAUUAUUGAGUCCAGGUUCUCGAAUGUUCCAUGAACCUAACUACAAUAUUCACAUUAUAGCAAUCAUGGGUUGGAAAAUACCACUAGAUAUUAACUCUCUCAAAGCCCAAAUACCAAGCAAGUUGCUUAAACAUCCACGCUUCUCCAGUUUGCAGGUCAUGGAUGAGAGUGGAGAAAUGAGAUGGGUUCCGACAACGGUGAAUAUAGAUGAUCAUGUCAUAGUACCCCAGCUGGAUGUUAAUAAUAAUAAUAUGGACACAGACAAGUUGGUCGAACAGUAUAUAUCAAACCUAAGCACGACAAGUAUUGACAUAUCGAAACCUCUAUGGGAUAUUCACAUACUUAACGUGAAAACAUCCCAUGCUGAGGCAACUUCUAUUUUCCGUUUUCACCAUUCUCUUGGAGAUGGAAUUGCCCUUAUGUCCCUCUUACUCUCUUGUUUUCGAAAAACAUCGGAUCCUACUUCUUUGCCUACACUUCCAGUUUCUUCGAAGAACAAAUCGAAUAGUAAAAAUAUUAGGUCCUUGAUAUGGCAGUACAUUGUGAAGUUGUGGCUAUUAAUCAGGCUUUUGUUCAAUACAGUUGUUGAUGUUUUGCUUUUUAUAGCGACUGCUCUAUUCUUGAAGGAUUCUCAAUCACCUUUUACAGUUGCAAAAGGAUUUAACAAAAAGCACUCUACUGGCCAGAGAUUUAUCUAUCGGACUGUUAGCUUGGAUGAUAUUAAAUUUAUAAAAAAUGCGACAAAUGCUACGAUUAACGACGUUAUUUUGGGAAUAACACAAGCGGCUUUGUCUCGUUAUAUCAACCGAAAAUACGAUGUUGAAGGCAAGAUGAAAGAACAAAUGAGAUGCAGAGCCACUGUUCUAGUGAAUCUGAGACCAGCUUUGGGAGUUCAAGCCGUAGCAGAAAUGAUUGAGAAGAAUGCGAUAGUAAUACAAGGAAAUUGUUUUGGCUUUGUCAUAAUUCCUUUAGAUAUAGCUCAAUUACAAAAUCCUCUGGAUUAUGUUCACAAAGCUAAGAUAUCAAUGGAUCGAAAAAAGCGUUCUCUUGAGUCUCAAUGUACCUUUUACAUUUUACAGCUUUUCCUCAACUUGUUUGGCUUUAAGGGUGCAACAAAACUUGCUAAAAGAGUUCCAUCUCAAACAACACUAGCUUUUUCAAACGUAGCUGGUCCACUUGAAGAAGUUUCUUUCUCAGGCCAUCCAUUGGCAUUCCUUGCCCCUACAUGCUAUGGCCAGCCCACUGGGCUAAUGGUUCAUGCGUGUAGCUAUGCGAAGAAGUUAACAUUUGCUAUAACAGUUGAUGAAGGAAUGAUUUCAGAUCCUAACCAGCUUGGUGAUGAUUUUGUCCAUUCAUUUAUAAGCAUCAACGAGGCUGCUCUUUCAAAAUUCAGAACCAAAGUUGAUUAGCUCAUUACACAUUUAAAAUUUAUAUUUUGUUAUUUAAUACUGUAAUGGCUAUACAUUGUAAUAAAGUAGAAUUAUUAUCCUUGUGUUUGUACCAAUUUUAUGGUCAAUAAUUAGAUCACUUCCUAAAAAGGAAAAAAUAACUGCAGCAUUUGAGUUA